GCAUAGUACUAGUGCCCAUUCGCCACAUCACUCCCACACCUGCCAACCGCAUUCACGCAUGCAUUGCCUUCCAGGUGGCAUUAUACCAGUCUACUAGGCUACGAUGGGCAUUAGACCAAAUUUCAAUUUUCCUCCUUUCCAUCUCACGAACGGCCGGACAUUGUAGUCACGACGGUUGCCAUUACGAUGCCUUUGCUAGCAGCUAGAUGAGCCAGGAUGUGAGAUUUGUGCAAGAACAACCAGCUUCGUCCAACAUGCUCGGUGAUACCAAUUAUUGAGGAAUCGUUUCAUUGUCGGAUAUAAUUGGACUACCUGUCAUCUUCACCCCCUAAAUCAAAUCCGUACUGCGAACGCCCUCGAACAGCAUCUAGCCACGCAGCAGACUUCCCAGAGUCACAGCCAGAAGUGAUUCCAAGUGAUCCGCAGUGUCAUCUUUGGCAACUUCACGGGACGUGUGCAUGAUUCGGUUUGCGUCAUGUUGGGGUGGUGAUGGAACUCCGCUCUUGCGGUUGGUAUUACAAGUGCAGACUAGGCGAGAGGGAGACCACGGGCCAGGGUGGUUUAUUGUCAGGAGUAGAUCCUACGGCGUUCACCACUGCUGAUCCAGUGAGGCUAUGCAUUAUUCGAAUAUGUAUGAUUGUUCUGAUUGGGCGAUUGCUAUCACUCGCCUUGGGCAAGAUGAGACAGCCGAAAGUCAUCGCUGAAGUCCUUGGUGGAAUUCUCCUCGGUCCAAGUGUAAUGGGGCGAAUACCCGGUUUCACCGAGCACAUCUUCCCCGCUCAAUCCUUCUCAUAUCUCUCACUCAUUGCCAACAUUGGCAUCUGCCUCUUUCUCUUCAUAGUGGGUCUUGAAGUCGACGCAAGUAUCGUCACGCGGAAUGCUCGCUCAUCUCUGUUCAUUGCACUAUCUACCACGGUCUUGUCCUUUGGUCUCGGCGCUGCAAUCUCUGUGCCACUCUACAACAACUUCAUUGGUCCCCCCGUCGAGUUUGUUCACUUCAUGCUUUUCACCGGCGUGUCAUUCUCUAUCACCUCUUUCCCCGUUCUUUGUCGCAUCCUCACCUCAUUGAAACUCCUAGACACAACGGUCGGCGUCGUUGCUCUGACAGCUAGCAUGUGCAACGACGUAUUCUGUUGGAGUCUCUUGGCACUGGUCGUGGCUCUUAUCAAUGGGACCUCCGGGCUUACAGCUCUAUGGAUCUUGCUGGCAUUCGUAGCAUUCACAGCAUUUCUCAUGUGGCCGGUUAGAAUCGCGCUGCUCCAGUUUUCUGGGUUCACAGGAAGUCUGGAGAACGGCCCUACGAUAUUCUUCAUGAUUGUUAUCUUGAUCGUGCUUUGGGCAUGUGCAUUUUUCACGGAUAUCGUGGGGAUCAGUGCAUUUUUCGGUGCGUUCCUGGCGGGCGUCGUUGUCCCCCGCGAAGGAGCCCUUGCUGUCUCGCUGACGAGGAAACUUGAAGAUGUGGUGACGAUUGUGUUUUUACCUCUGUACUUCACGCUCUCUGGGUUGAAUACAGAUCUUGGAUUGCUUAACACUGGUCUGUCCUGCCGAUGGCGACCUACACUGAUCAUACAUAUACUGAUGCUUUUGGCAGGUACGACUUGGGGAUUCAUCAUCGCAAUCAUAUGUCUGGACUUUGCUGGAAAAUUCAGUACCUGUACGAUCACCAGUCGGAUUUCUGGAAUGAAUUGGCGAGAGUCUAGCACUGUUGGAUCGUUGAUGUGUUGUAAAGGUCCCGUGGAAUUAAUCAUUCUCAACAUUGGGCUUUCUACUGGCAUUCUCACCCGAAGAGUGUUCUCGAUGUUCGUCCUCGAAGCCCUUGUGCUGACUUUCAUAACCACACCCUUGGUUCUCGUUUUUUAUCGUCCUGAACACCGGGUUCGUGCGCUUGCUGGAGAGGUUCCACGUUGGUCGAUUGGAGAUAGGGAGGAAGAUAUAGAUGACCCCCAGUCUCCCGUGACUGAGGAUCAACCGUGGCGCUCCCGCUUCACUGUUGUCAUCGACAAAUUCGACCACAUGUCGGGAAUGCUGGCGGCCACCCAACUGGCACUGCCAAGUCCUCGAGGAACUGAGACAUGCGUGAAUGCUCUCCGCUUGAUCGGGAUGCCAGACUUUAAUGAGGACAUGAAGAUGUCUUCAGCAGUGCGUACCCUCAUCCGUGCUGAUCCGGUUAUGGGCGCCUUCCGCACCUUUGGAGAGCUCAAUAACAUACGCGUUUCGCGUUCGCUUUGUUUUGUCCCGUAUGAGGACAUGUCAAAAACUGUCUUCGAUCAUGCGACGCAACAUGGAUCUGAGCUCAUCCUCUUGCAAUGGUUCUCGCCAUCGUCCAUUCACGGAGAGGACCCAUGUAGUCCACGCAGCACGAAAAUCGAACCUACAGGUACGGGAAACCCGGUAGCCAUGAUCCACUCGCAGUUCGUGCGUAAAAUAUUGGCAGAGAGCAAUACGGAUGUUGCCCUGUUCAUCGAUCCGGGCACUUCUCUCUCUGGGACCGGCCCCGGGAGUGCGCGCCACAUAUUUUUCCCCUUUUUCGGUGGUCCUGAUGAUCGACUGGCGCUUGAGUUCGUGAUGCAGCUAUGUACUAAUCCCGGGAUUAGUGCGACAGUAGUGCGGAUGUCGAAAGGUGGUGCUGCGCGUGUUGCGGCACAAUGGCCAUCGAUCGUGCGUCCAGAGCCGGAAGACAGUGAUAAAACACGGGAUAAAGGAUACCACGGAAUGCCUAUUCAAUCAACUGUCGCUAUGCCAAGCAUAUCGUACGGACAAACACGCUUCGAAUCUGAGACAGCCGAUACCAUCCUCUGGGAGCAAUACGUCAACUCGCAUUCCUCGUUCGACAUACGUCCCUCAAUCCGCGCUGCCCUGUCAUGCAUCACAUUCUCUGAGCAUUCGUCGUCGAUACCGCUACAUUCUGCCAUCCAACAGGCAUCUAUGCGCAAACCUGUUUUGGUUGUUGUUGGGCGCUCACAUCGCUUUGGAUCGGAUGAUCUCACGCAGGAGCUGGACAUGAUACUGAAGGAGCGGGGUAGUGUGGAGCAGGAUGAUGAUACUAGGAGCACUAUAGGGAAUGCUGCGACUGCUUUUGUUGCCUCUGGUUGUGCGACUGCUGUGGUUGUGCUGCAGGCUGCCAAUGUUAGCACUGACUGAAAUGGUGGGGACGUACGUCUGAUUGGUACGUAUAUUUGAGAUAUUUAAUACUGUAUAUCAAUACUUGUAUAUUGUAGUAACGACCUCGCCUAGAUGCGUGUGUAAUGUUGAUGAAGGGUUCUUGAC